AUGAUGCAAAAUGUCAAAAAAACAGCGAGAAUUAUGCCCAAUCAGGACAUUCCCAGUAGUGGCAAGAGGAGGAUCUUGGAUCUUAUGGAAAGGUGUCAAAGUAAGGCGCUAAUUGGGGUGGCCUCAGCGUAUCGGACCGUAUCGAGCGAAGCGCUAUCGGUUAUUCGCCCGGAUAGACCUCCUGAUGAAUAUGAGGACGAGCAUAUUUGGCCAGUGCCGAAGCCUUUGAAAAUGGACUGGAUCGAGAGAGGGGAAGGAGGAAUAGACAACUAUGUCACCCAAUUUUUAACGGGCCACGGCUCUUUCGGGACGUACUUAAGUAGAAUAAGCAAAAUUCAGGAAGAGACAUGCAAGUUAUGUGGAGGAAUAGACGUGCCGGAGCAUUUGUUGGGCUGUGCGAGAUGGGAGAAGGAAAGCAGGGAAAUUGGUAUGCUACUGCAAGAGGAUCUCACGGUAGAUAAUUCUAGUAAGGUCGUCAAAGAAGGGAGGUGGGUAGAUAUUAAAGAAAUGAUCGGCAAGAUAAUGAGGCAGAACGUAAGGGAAGAAGGACAAGAGAUAUGA